AUGGUUCCUUUAAUGUUUCUAGUGGGACGGCAUUUGUGCCCGGACCAACAGCCGGGGGCGGGGGGCAACAUCCGCACCAAACAUUCCCCGCCAGUUUCUGCCCGAAUAACGGUGGUGAAUCUCACCUGGACCCACGGUAACGUUAUGGAGCGCGAGGCUAUGGACGGUCUCUGUAACGUCUCCAAAGCGGCGAUACUGAGAGUCAUCGUCACCGAGAAACUGACGACGGCCGCGCAGGAGAUCUUAGCGGUCGUGGAGAGAACCGUAGCCGACUACGAGGAGGAGGCUUCGGGCUUCAGGCAGGAGAUCGACCGGCAGAGGAGACAGCUGGAGGUUCUCCUGCACUCGGAGAUCAAAGUAGAGACAACAGAUGACGAGCAGCUGUUUCCCAUCUUUGAGCCAAUACCAGCGGAGGUGUCAGGAGGAGGAGGUGGAGGAGAACUCCAUGAAGAGGAGCAGCAGCACAAAAUCGAGCUGAGUGUGGAGGAUGAUGGGAGUGUGGGUCUCCUCUGCUACACUGGAGAACAUACAGGAGAAGGAGAAGAGGAGCAGCAGCAGGAGGAGGAGGAGUCCUGUGAGCGACAAGCGCUGACCCCCCUACAGGAGCAGGAUCACAUCACACAGCUGGAUUAUGAAAUAGCAUCAAGGUUAUUGCCUCCCACAGUUCAGUCUGACAGGAGGAGCAUUGGCAAACCUCGGGUCAGCGAAUCCCAGGGCCAAGUGGAUCUCAGAAUCUGCAUCCUGGAGAACUCUCAGAUCGAGGUCCUGUCGGCCAGAGUGUUUCAGCAGUGUCCGGUGCAGGAGCUGCAGUGUCCUCAUGGACUACAGGAGGCCGACUUCCUGGACCUGCUGAGGUCCACCUUCCCUCAGCUGGCGGCCGAUAAACCCUUUGACUUCUUCACAACCGACAGAAGCCGGACGCUGCAGCCUCUGAGAGUGAAGACUCUGACACCAGAGGAGAUCUGCGGGACCAUCAGGUCCAUCGGGGCGGGAAACUCCGCCCUCUACAUCCGACUGAAGACGGAGGAGGAGCACAGAGCGACUGAUGAAGAGUUUCAUCCGUCACAGAGAAAAGAAGCUGCUGCUGAUUCACCGUCUGAUCCGACCAGACCACACACAGAGUACCUGAACUUCUCAGCUACUGCAGAUGAGACAGUUCAGUCUGACAGGAGGCGUCGCAGGCGUAGGAGCAGCAAACCACGCAGCGACCUGGAUCUCAGGAUCCGCAUCCUGGAGGACUCCCAGACCGAUGUGCUCUCAACCCCCGUGUUUCAGCAGUGUCCGGUGCAGGAGCUGCAGUGUCCUCAUGGACUACAGGAGGCCGACUUCCUGGACCUGCUGAGGUCCACCUUCCCUCAGCUGGCGGCCGAUAAACCCUUUGACUUCUUCACAACCGACAGAAGCCGGACGCUGCAGCCUCUGAGAGUGAAGACUCUGACACCAGAGGAGAUCUGCGGGACCAUCAGGUCCAUCGGGGCGGGAAACUCCGCCCUCUACAUCCGACUGAAGACGGAGGAGGAGCACAGAGCGACUGAUGAAGAGUUUCAUCCGUCACAGAGAAAAGAAGCUGCUGCUGAUUCACCGUCUGAUCCGACCAGACCACACACAGAGUACCUGAACUUCUCAGCUACUGCAGAUGAGACAGUUCAGUCUGACAGGAGGCGUCGCAGGCGUAGGAGCAGCAAACCACGCAGCGACCUGGAUCUCAGGAUCCGCAUCCUGGAGGACUCCCAGACCGAUGUGCUCUCAACCCCCGUGUUUCAGCAGUGUCCGGUGCAGGAGCUGCAGUGUCCUCAUGGACUACAGGAGGCCGACUUCCUGGACCUGCUGAGGUCCACCUUCCCUCAGCUGGCGGCCGAUAAACCCUUUGACUUCUUCACAACCGACAGAAGCCGGACGCUGCAGCCUCUGAGAGUGAAGACUCUGACACCAGAGGAGAUCUGCGGGACCAUCAGGUCCAUCGGGGCGGGAAACUCCGCCCUCUACAUCCGACUGAAGACGGAGGAGGAGCACAGAGCGACUGAUGAAGAGUUUCAUCCGUCACAGAGAAAAGAAGCUGCUGCUGAUUCACCGUCUGAUCCGACCAGACCACACACAGAGUACCUGAACUUCUCAGCUACUGCAGAUGAGACAGUUCAGUCUGACAGGAGGCGUCGCAGGCGUAGGAGCAGCAAACCACGCAGCGACCUGGAUCUCAGGAUCCGCAUCCUGGAGGACUCCCAGACCGAUGUGCUCUCAACCCCCGUGUUUCAGCAGUGUCCGGUGCAGGAGCUGCAGUGUCCUCAUGGACUACAGGAGGCCGACUUCCUGGACCUGCUGAGGUCCACCUUCCCUCAGCUGGCGGCCGAUAAACCCUUUGACUUCUUCACAACCGACAGAAGCCGGACGCUGCAGCCUCUGAGAGUGAAGACUCUGACACCAGAGGAGAUCUGCGGGACCAUCAGGUCCAUCGGGGCGGGAAACUCCGCCCUCUACAUCCGACUGAAGCCUCAUGAGAAGCUCCAGGUGAAAACAAAUCAUCCUCCCCUGCAGAGAAAAGACGUCGCCGCUAAAAACUCUCCGUCCGCCCCCGAUCACACCGGACUGAACGCCAGUGUCGGGUCCGACAGGAAGAGGCUGGGCCGUCCUCGGCUCAGCGACAUACUGAACCACGUGGACCUCAGGAUUCGGCUCCUGGAGGACUCGCAGGUCAAAGUGCUCUCAGCCAGAGGUAAACAGGAAGUGGUGGAUUCUGCAUCCAGAUGUCCAAGUAUAGUGAAGUAUUGA